AUGUUUUCCCAUGAAAAUCUGAUCAAUGUUUUCAUUGUUCUUAGUUUGGGCAAAAUUUCAUACUCUUGUCUAGUUUUCGAUUUUAGACAUCAAAAUAGAAAUAUCCAUCCAGCUCUUGAAGCAGCUGUAGCAGAAUUUAGACGUAGAUUUCUGAGUAGUCAAAAUGGAGAUGGCACGUCACAAGAGUCGGGAACCUUUCCUGAUCAGGACAGAUUGAAUACACUACGUCGGUUCGGAGAUGAUCGUAUUUGUCCGAUUUGUUUUGCCCAAGCUUCGUUUGCUGUUGUUACGAAUUGUGGUCAUCUAUUUUGUUGUAAUUGUAUUUAUGGGUAUUGGCAACACAGUGCUUCCUUGAUUACACCUGUAAGAUGUGCAGUAUGCAGAGAACCUGUGAAUUUGCUGAUACCACACCCAACAGAAGGUGAGCGAGAAGAUAAUAUGGAUGAGGCAGUGCGAUGCGAUCAGCAAUUAACUGACUAUAAUCGAAGAUUUUCUAGUGGUAGGGGGCCUAUGAUUGUUUACAUUCGAGACCUGCCUGUACUAAUACCGCAUAUGUUACGUGCUCUUGUCUCGGUUAAUGGAUUAAUGAUUAUGUUUCGAAUUCGUGUCUUCUUAUGUCUUUUUGGUGUUGCUAUUUAUAUUUUGAGCCCCUUUGACAUACUUCCAGAGGCAGCAUUUGGUAUACUUGGUAUGGUGGAUGACAUUUUUAUCUUAUUUGUUGUUUUGGUGUAUGUCACAAUACUUUUUCGGCAAUUAUUAGCGGGGGGAAGAUUGCGUUUCGGUGCUGAACAAGGUGCUCAAUGA